AGCUUAUGGGACGGCAGCUGUCAGGACGAAGUUUCUUCACUGAGCUUUGCUUUCCUUUUGUCCUACCUCUGUGGCGGCAACUUUUGGCAACUGGGGCUAAUCUUUUCCAAUCGUGGUUACGCUGGCGGCGAUAUCCUGUUGCCAUGCUGACUGCAGAGCUGCUUUGGGCCUCCUAGCCAUGCUUAGGGCGGUGGAGGACAAGGGCAGUGGGAGCGGCAACAGGGCCUUCGCUGUGGAUAAUGUCGCGUCCCCAGAUCAUCCACAGCGGCCAUUUCAUGGUGUCGGAGCCCCACGCCGAGCUCGACCCAGACCCCGAUCCAGACCCCAACUCCGAGGCGGCGAUGAGCCCUGCAGGUCAAGCCUCUGCACGGCUACCGCAGCCAGGGCCGUGCAUGGGGGAGCACGGUCAGAGAAGAACCGGCUCGGGGUGGAAGGCCGCGGCUGGGAAGGCCCUUGAUGGGGCCCAGCAGGGUUGUGGGGCCACUUACGACUUCGUCACGGUGGACGAGAGUACGUGCCUGAUCUACCGCUACGGGCCACGAAGCAGCGGAGCCCUCAACAUCGACUCCUCCCUCACCAAGCUCUUCGAGUGCAUGACCUUGGCCUACAGUGGAAAACUUGUCUCUCCCAAAUGGAAAAACUUCAAGGGGCUAAAGUUGCUACAGCGAGACAAGAUUCGACUAAAUAAUGCCAUCUGGAGAGCCUGGUAUCUGCAGUAUGUGGAGAAAGGGCAGAAUCCUGUGUGCAGUUUUGUGGCUCCUCUAGAGUGCAGUGACAUCGAUGAGCACCGCAGGCCUGAGGCCAUCAUCAUGGAAGAGAAAUACUGGAAAUGCCAAAUUGGGGUUGUUGGUAGAGAAUAUCGGAGAUGGAGGACAUUCUACCAUACCAGGGUCAAGAAAAAGAUGAAUAAACCAGUCUGUGGCCUUACUCAGGAAGCAGGUGGUUGCAUUCCAGGGUUAGAGUUGAAUGGUGGGACAGCGAGUGGAAACCCCGUGGAGCUUGACCCCCUGCAUGAACUGAAUGCAAUACUGGGCACCAUCUUCUCCAGUCGCACCCCUUUUGGUGGCCCCAACCUACGUGGACUUGAUCACCAGGGUAAUGCAGACAUGAUCCAGCCCACGCUAACCCAACUCCAGCCCUUCUUUGGUGAAGAAUUCAUGGACACUAUGGAUCCCAUUCAUGAACUCAUCACUACUUGUCAUUCUCAGCCAACAGUCCAGGCUCUUGCACCACUGACAGAUGCUGCUGCCUUAGGCCUGUGUGGCUCAGAUGUCUCUCCAGCUGUCCCUGGUGCCAAAGAACUCCUUCCUGAAGAUGCUUUCCUUCCUGUUCCAAUCUCCUUGGAUGUGGAGCCACCCCCUCCUCUGAAUGGACAGCAGACCUUCCUGCCAUUCUUCCCUACCUCUCCAUGGAGCAUCAGCCCUCCACCACCGGCUCCUCCUGUCCUGCACAUACAGCCGCAGACCUCCUUGGUCUUCUCUGUCAUCACGCACACGGGGCCUGGGAACAAACCCUCCGUGUCCUCACCAGCAGGCACUUUUGCUGUGCCGAGCUCUGCUCCCACAGCCAAGAGUGGGAGGUGCCGGCAUCUGCAACGGAUUGCUCCAGCGCCCUCCUCUGGCUGUCAGCCAGGUCCUCCCAGUGCCUUCCUCACCCACUUGCUUACAACUGGUCUUGCACCACUGCCCCUCACUCUAGUCAUGAACUCUGCACAGGAGCGUAGCACCCCUGCUAGUGUCAUACUGGGCUCAGUUUCUCCAACAGAGGAGUCUCCUCUGCCAGACUGUGCUAUGGCAGCAGCCUUCUCCAAUGCCGGUGCCAAAACCAAGGAGAGAGCAACGAACAAAACUCUCUGCAGUCUUCAGGAAAGGAACAAACGCUACACUGCCAAGGGAAGCUGCCGAUCAAAUUUUCCAUCCACUGACUGUGCUCGCCGUAUGGUCAUCCGCUCUGGCUUCAACACUCUUGCCAAUCUGGUGCUGCCAGGAUCUGACCAGAUAAAUGCUAAGUUCAGCAAAGCAGCGCUCCUGCAGAAGAGCGUGGCCUAUGUGAGUAGACUGCAGCAGGAGCGCCAGCAAGCUCAGGAGACGGCAGAAAGACUGCGUGGUGAAAUCGAGGAGCUGAGUGCUGCCAUCGAUGUGUUCCAGCACCAGCUUCCACCCACUGGGGCUCCUGUUUUACCACCACAGUCAGAUUGGGCUUCUCAGCUUUAUGACGAAUAUGUGCACCAGCGCACUCUUCAGGACUGGCGCUUCUGGCUUUUCAGCGUGGUGAUUAAGCCACUGUUUGAGACGUACACCAGAACAGUGAAUACAGGCAACAUCAAGGAAUUUUGCCAGUCAGUGCUGAGGUGGUUGGAGCAGCACUGCGCACUACCUGUCUUACGCCCUGCAAUCUCUGGAUCUCUUCUGCAGCUCAGCAAGAUCACGUCCAUAUUGACUCAGCCAGCUCAGCUGCCUGAACAAGCUCUGAAGGCAGCCUCUUGCCCUUCUUACAGCAAAGGCAACAGUUAGGAUGAAGAUGGGCUCCAGUGGUGAAUAGUUAUCUUCACAGUGCUCUGGAUGCUGCCAGGAAAGCCAACAGUAGGGACCUGAAACCCAGGAAUGCCUUUAUGGUGCAAAAAAUUGCACAAGCCUAUACGAUGGUAUUGGAGCUGGGAAUUCCAGUGAAUUUUUAGGGAUUCACUUUGGUGCUGGCUGCCUCUUAAGCCUCGCAUGCUUACAGAACAAAGUGUAAGAUUUCAGAUUGUAGAGUGGGGGGUAUAGAGACAAAUUCUUAGAUGUGGAAUGUUAGGCAUGACUUCAACCUCCCUCCGUACAGGGUGAGAUGGGCUCCAAUAUCACUGUGGCUGCCCUUUCCUGUUUUCCCACCAGAGGGCAGUGAAGUGACUGUGCUAUCAAGAAAGGGGCUUUCCUGUAUACAAUUCCAGGCUCUGUUCCUCACUGAAUUGGAAUGCUUGUGGUAAACUGUCCGCACAAUGGAUAAUGCUACACCGGAAUAAUCUGCUCAAGUUUUGGGCAAAACUCCCUGUGCUCUACAAGCUAAUGGCAGAUUGUACUAAGGCAACCAUGCAUAUGAAGCCUCCCCUAGAUAUGGGUCAUCAGUUUUUCCUCUCUUUGUUCCAGUUCGUAAGUCUUAUGUUGGCCCAAGCAUUUUCAAGGCACCUCUUAGAAUUCUACAUGAGGGUGGAAUCUGAUCUCCAGCUCAGAAUUUUACACUUUACUAAUUUCUGCUUUGAGGAUAUCCUCCCCCUAAAAGAACAUCACAUAGCAGGAAUGAACCUUUGAGGAGCUGUUUUCCAGCACGGUCAUCUAUGUUCUGAUCUUAAGUCCUCUGAGUUCACUGGGGCUUACACCCAGGCAAAUUGUGCACCCUAUACCUCCUGUUCCCUAGGCCUCUCUUUCAGCUAAAGGUUUCUCUGGUGUAGGGUUUGGGGUACAGUAUGCCCCCGUGAAGUCGUGGAUCAGCAUUUGCGGCUUCAGUCUUUCGUGGGAUUUUUCUCUGAGCGAGUCCAAGCCGAUCUUGUGAGUAAGCCGGUGCCUCCCCAUGUGGAGGCUUACUCGCAAGAUGGUUUCCUCCGAGUUUGGACUUGCUUGAAGAAAACAGUCUCUGUGCGUGUGCGCCCACCGCCCGGCCCGGCCCAUGCCUCCCACCCACACCACCUUGACAGCCGGUGCCCAUUGCCUGCACCAAAUUUGCGGUCUUUCACAAUUCACAGGCACUUUAGGAACAUAAGCCCCGUGAAUUUCGGGGGACUACUGUAUACUGGUGCAGAACCUGCCCAAUCUCAUCUUUGUGCUUCUCUAGGCUCCCUGAUUAUGUGUGGAUCAGCAGUUUGAAAGUAGCAUAGUAUGGUAGUAUGAAAGAUACCACUUACCAUUGAUACUUUGCUGUGUUUCCUCUUUGCCAGUGCAGUCAUAGAAAAGCAGCAGUUACUCUCUGGCAAUCAGCAGACCUAAUUUCUAACUUCCAGGCUACGGUCUGAUGAAGCUGUUGCUCAUUAAAAUGGAAGGCAUCAGCCUCUUCUCAAAUGUUCCAGCGGGAGCAAUCCUAUGGCCCCUAAACAACAUCUAAGGGACCAUAGGAUAUUCUGAAUAUCCUGAUUUGAAUUCAGAGACAGCACUUCCAAUACUGGCAGGCCUCCUCUUUGCAGUUGUUUUGCAAAGAAUUGUGCUGGCUUUUUCUGGUAGGGAGAGGGAUGAAAUAGUGUUUCAGUGGGGAAGAAGAAGGCAGCAUAGUGGCCAAGGUGUAAUUUAUUUCCUAUCUUCCUUGCCCUUGGAAAUGCUGCUGCUAGAUGGGCAAAAAUGUCUCUCUGGCAAAAGUGCAAGGCCGGAAGAAAGGGAGGUAAAGAUUAUUCCUGGCACUCCUCCUGCCCUGCAUAGGAUAAGCAUAAGCCUCCAAGUUUAGGGACUUAGAAUAAUUGCAAAGGGAUUCUGUCCUUAAUCAUCAAAUUCUUGUGCACAUGGGUAAAUGAGAACCACAAUAAAGCCUGCUUUUCCUUUCCUGAAUUUUCAGUGGAUUCUGAACCAGCUCAAUAUGUUUCGCACUUGAAGCAGAAAAUCCAAAUGUUACUCUUUCCCCAUCCAUCCCCACCAAUUAAUAUGAAACUUUAGUCACCCAAAAUGCUUUUCCAUAUUACCUUUAAAAUGAACGGAAGCCACCGUAGGGCCUAGUGGUGUUGCAUAACUCCUGUUACAAGCAUGCCCAGGGCCACCAUUUGCCUAUCAUGCUUUUCCUAAUUUGUACCUCAAAUCUAUGAGCAGUGACAGCUGCCUCAAGGUAUUUGAUGCUAUUGAUGCCUGUGGGUGAAAGGACUAGACAGGAGAUAGCUUACCCUAAAGAAUUUAUGCUACACACUCCACUCAAGAUUAUUCCUCACUACUCUGCCCCAUUCUGGUAUAAAAAGACUAACAGGGAGUAAGCCAACUUCAUAUUGAAGGAAGAUGUCUCCAAGCUUGCAGAAAUUAGAAUUUACUCUUACCUGCUGGCAUGGAAGGUGUUCUUACAUGGGAGAAGUUGCAUCUUGAAAAAGCUACAUAGAUAAGCUCAGGGUACUUGGUUGUUUUUGCUGCUCUUUAAUAUAUUCUGCAAACAUUUGGGGUUUGUUUUCCUAUUCCAUUUGUAAUUUGUUUGAUUCAAAUAUGGGUGAUCUUUGACAACCAUUCAGUGAAGUUAGUCUCUUCUUUCUAGUGUUCCCCUUUUUCCUACUGUAUUUUCCUGAACUUCUAAUUUGUAUACCCAACUACCAACAAUGUUCCCCCUUUCUAUUUAUGCUUUUAUAGAAUGUUUUAUUGCUGCUAUUACAGAUUUUAAACAAAUCAAA